AAUGCCCUUAUCAGCCCCUCCUCUUUUCUCCCUUCCUCUCCUCCUUCUCCUUUCUCAACUGGACUCCGCCCUCACCUGUCGUACUGCCAGCCAAUCCAAGUGUGACUCCGCCUCCUUCGUCCCCGGUCACAACCUGGCAGGGGAGGGUUUCGAUGUGGUGACCCUGAAACGUAAAGGGGCCUACCUGAUCGACCUGAGGACCUACCUGUCCCCCAGUAAAACCUGUACACUGUGUAGUAACCCCCUACAGGGGAACGAGCUGCAGAAAAUACCCCUGUCUGUUGUAGACUGGAGGUCUUACAGCCACUGUACUGAGGAUAUCUCCAGCCACUCUCAUGCCUCUGUCAGUAACCUGGCACAGUCCACUACCAACGAGAUCUCUACAAAAUGGAAGGUGGGUUUGAGUAGUGAGGCGAAGGUGUCUGUAAGCGUACCUGUGGGACCGGUGAGUGUGAGUGUGGAGAAGGACGUGGGUGCUAGCAUAGAGAUGGGAGGGUCCCAGUCGGAUGUAGCCAUCUUUGCCACGACCAAGACCAAAGAGGACCUCCACUCUUUCUUCUCACAGAACCUACGCUGCCGUUACUACAGUUAUCGCACGCCAAACACUCCAACUCUCAGCGAUGAGUUCCGUAAGGACAUUGAUCGUCUGAGUUCAUACUCUAAGACUUCCAAGGCCCAGUACCGCCGGCUCAUAGACACCUAUGGGACUCACUACAUCCGCCAAGUUGACCUGGGAGGCCGGCUGACGAUGACCACAGCAAUACACACCUGUCAGGCUUCACAUAGUGGCCUCUCUACAAACCAGGUGGAAUCCUGCUUGUCCUGGGGCUUUAAGCUUCCUCAGCCACCACACCAAGGUGGUGGGAGGCUCUGGUUGGCCGGGGAGCUGUCACUCAACCGUAACGACUCAGUGGGGUUCCGUAGAUGGAUGAGAACCUUGAAGAACUUCCCGGACGUAAUCUACUAUUCUCUAACACCUCUGCACCUGCUCAUACCCAACACGGCUGUCCAGCAGGGAAUGAAGGAGGCUGUCCAGGAUUACCUGAAGGAGAACGCCCUCCCGAAGAGCACCGGGGAACUGCCCUGUGGGGAUCGUUACUCUAAUCGGGACUCAAACUGCUGCCUCAGGAUGGUCUCACAGGGAAGACUGGUGGUGACAGUGGUCAGAGCCUGGGGACUGGUGGGAGACUACCACUGGAUAGCAGGAGACACUGAAGGGUACGCUGUGGUCACCUACGGUUCCAAGUCCAUUGAGACCGAUGUGAUUCUGUCCAACAAUCCUGUCUGGAAUGUUACCUUUGACAUGGGUCCCUUUGACAAAGACCUGAGUCUAAAGGUGGCGGUCUGGGAUGACGAUCUUUAUCCUGUGGAUAAAGAUGAUAUCCUGAUUGACUGUACCAUCAACCUUGAGCAGGGGACACACGGACACUGGUGUACCAACAGUGGGGAGGGCUUUUAUUUCCUGUACACCCUCACCUGUGACCCUCACCUGACUGGGGACAAUCCACUCUACUCCACUCUACUCAACCCCCACCCCGACAGUCCACUCUACUCCACUCUACUCAACCCCCACCCCGACAGUCCACUCUACUCCACUCUACACCCUAUGUUCCCCAGCCCUAUGUUCCCCAGCCCUGUGUUCCCCCAACCCUGUGUUACCUCAGCCCUAUGUUCCCCAAGCCCUAUGUUCCCCAGCCCUAUGUUCCCCCAAGCCCUGUGUUCCCCCAGCCCUAUGUUCCCCCAGCCCUAUGUUCCCCAGCCCUGUGUUCCCCCAACCCUGUGUUACCUCAGCCCUAU